CUUAUUUUGCAUCAGUCAUUAGAGUCGCAACACCUAGAAGUAAACGCAAAUAACAUAUCAUGCCUCUUUACAACGUUUCCGGCGCCCAGUACCUUGGUUUGUUGAAAUUCUUCAACAGCUACCAGAGGAACAACGUGCUUGGCAAGCAGGAGUUGAGAGCCAUCCUCAGUCGUAGAGAUAUCUUCCCAACUGAUGGCGAGCUUCAACAGAUGAUUGACUCCAUCAGCGUUGAAUCGUCUGGUAUCAGUUUCCAAGCGUUCGCUGACUACAUCAGCGAAUACCCAGGACUCCGUGACGCAGACAAGGACUUCUCUGCCGCUUUUAACAUCUUUGACCGUUCUGGCACAGGAGAGCUUUCCCGUGAAGACCUCGGCUUCGUCAUUGGAAAGAUGGGCCAGAAAGGCACCGACGUGGAUGCAAUCCUCGAAGCCUGUGACAAAAAUAAAGACGGAAAGAUCCAAUAUGAUGAGUUCAUCGAGGUAAUGAAGAAACAAAUUUAGAUGCACUGAUGUUAGACUUGGAACGCUUAAACAACAUAUACUAUAUUUGACAUUUAUCUUCCGGAAUGGACAGUUUCUAAAAGGACAAUAUAUUAAGAUAAAAAGAAAUGGUUCAAACUUCACGAGUAUAAUGAAAUUAUGUUAUGUUAUAGACACUCUUCUGAACUCUAUCAUGGUUUCAAUUACUUAGUUUAAAAUGACACGUACAUUAUGAUGCUUGUUUUGUUAAAUAAAAGCUAUUUUACUUGUAAUUCCUGGUGAUGUUUAACUACUUAAGAUAGUGGAAGGCGACGAGGCGAGUUGAUAAACGGUUUGAAAUGUCACAAUGCAGGCUUUAGCCAAGGGGUUCAACUCAAAUUCCAGG